AUGGCACAAGCGUUCUACUACGGAAGCUCAAACUUUGACGAGCCGCUCCCGUGGACGAAUCGGCGCGAUGUGAUCUGGGGCAUGGUCAUCACAUUCAUGAUCAUGUCAUGGCUUUGUGCUAUCUUUCGCUUCUAUGUUCGCUUCAAGAUUGUCCACAGCCUUGGGUGGGAUGAUCUCUUCCUCGCCGGCACGGUGUUAGCCAUGACGGCUGGAUCAAUCUCGACGUGUCUCUCUGUACACUACGGGCUUGGGCAGCACUUUCUGCUUCUAGACCCGCAGGAUAUUCCUUCGUAUCUUCUGACCUUUUACAUAUCGAAUGCUUGCUACAACCUCGCGACAUCUUUCAUCAAGCUUGCCCUCCUCUUCCAAUUCCUGCGCAUCUUCGAGCGUGGCACCAUCGCGCACCGCGCCGCGCAAUGCUUGAUUGUCUUUACUGCCCUCUGGUCCGUUGCAUACUGCUUUUUGGCCUGGUUUCCCUGCUCCCCCGUUAGGAAGAUAUGGCUGGGCGACGCGGUGCCGGGACGAUGCUACGGCUAUGGCGCGCCGGAGCCGGGGCCUUUCGUGGCGACGUACAUCAGCCACGGCGCGAUCAACGUCGCCCUCGAUGUGCUCACGCUGCUCGUGCCCCUGCCUUUACUACGCAAAGCUAGCAGUACACGUGCGGAUCGCCUGCGUGUCGCCGGUCUGCUGGCGAUGGGUCUAGUAGUCCUCGCAAUCGCAGGCUGGCGCCUCCAGACAAUCGUCCAUCACCAGGCCGCGACGUACCCGACGCGCGACCCGACGUGGUACGCUCCGGUCACCUUCGUCCUCGCGGCCGUCGAGGUCGACAUUGCCGCCAUAUGCGCGAGCAUCCCCAUCUUCUGGCCCGUCAUCUCGACGCUGCAGUGGGGCAAGAUCUUCAUCACGCACGAGAUCCGCGUCACGCGGGAGGACCGAGUCGCUGUCGCUGGUGGUGGUGGUGGUGCGAGCAGCGGCGGCGGCGGCGGCAGUAGCAACAACAGCCAUGGCAGCGCUGGGAAGGGACCAGGAGGAGGAGUCAGACGGGAAAGGGAGGAAGAAGGGGAAGCAGACAGGGCCGCAUUUCUCUCCCAGAGCUCUGUCGCCUCCUCCUCAUCCCCCAUAGGUCGUGCUACGCAUAAUUACGGUAGCAGCAGGGGCAGCGUGCACCAGCACCAGCAGCAUGCUGGAGACGAUAGCACGGAACAUCUCUUCAGCCGAGUGCUCAACAGCGCCAGUCGCAAUGCCAGCGACGUCGAGCUCGGCCAUGGGCGCAAGAGCGUGUCUGGCCCCUCGAGGAGGACACAUCAACGCCACCACUCCUCCGCGAGAUGGAGCCGUAGCUCACGCACAAGAUCACUCACUCGCGCGGGUACGACAAAGGGGUUGUCAUCGUCGUCAUCGUCGUCGUCAUCGUAGUCCUCGUCGUAGUUUUCGUCGUAGCCGUCGGUCUAUCCAAUAGUUGGCAGAUCAAUCCGUGGCUUAUCUCACCCAAGCCGAGCAAGUCCAACCACGACAACAAACAACAUCCGCGACAAGGAUCACAGCAGGAAGAGGAGCUGGCGGGCCCCCCUCCUGUUGACAGCGGGACUGCAGAAGUUCCCGACCAGUUUCUUGAACAUGGGUUGCUGGUUGAUUCCCAGUAGCUCUCUCUGCAGCACGUACAUUGUGCACAGGCUAUUUGGCUAGAGAAUGCCUGAGUACUCAGGGGAAUUGGGCUCUUGAUAAUACAGUCAGUUUGCUUUCAUUCAACAGGCAGUCCUGUCCGGUUUUCGUAGCAAUAUCAUCUAUGAUCUAGGUGCACGUUUUCAACAGUCGAUGAGAUCUCUAUGCCGUUGAGCGGCAGUUCCACAUGCUCGCGGGCCAGUUCACUACUCCAAUCAACCAUUUCAUGUCAU